AUGGCGCUGCUACCCGCCGCGCAUGCUUCCUCCCGAGUACGGCUUCGUGGACGUGCUGCACCCGACGGCCACGGAGCCGGGCUCGGUGUGGACCAACAACCGGUUCCGGCUGACGAUUGCGGCGAUGCCGAGCCUGCACUUCGGCACGGCGGUGCUGUUUGCCGUGAGCUUGGCGCGGUUCAGCCCGCACGCUGUGGUGCGGUGGAUGGCGGUGCUGUGGCCGAUGGUGAUGUUUGUGACGGUGGUGGCGACGGCGAACCAUUUCGUGCUGGACGUGGUGGUGGGCGCGAUGGUGCCGGCGCUGGGGUGGAGGUGGAAUCGGGGCGUGUUGGUGUUGAAGGGGGUGCAUGA